AUGGAUACUGAAAAUACAACUGAUGAACAAAAUCCAUCAAUAUCUAAAGGAACAAAACAACGUAUGAAAGAACGUAGUCGUUCACAAACAACACCUACAAAUACAGAUAUAAAUGAUCCGGAAAAUUUAGAUUAUGAAGAUAUUGAUGAUAAUCAUUCACCAGGUAAAUUAGAUGAUAGUCAUGAAUUAGAACAAAUAAAUAAACCGGUGAAAAAAAUCAAUGAAGAAAUAAAAACAUCAAUUAAUAUUCAAGAUGAAGAAGAUAAAAUAUUACAUAAACCACAAGAAAUAAUUAAUAAUAAUAAUACAUCAUUAACAAUGAUAGAUAAUCCAACAACAGCAAGUGAUGAAGGAGAAGUAGAUGAAGCUGAUUUAGAAGAUGGUGAAAUUCAUGAUCCAAGUACAUCAAAAAAUCGAACAUCAUUUUCUGAUGAUCAAACAUCAGAACAAAAUCGUAAUCGAAUAAAUACCAAUAUAUUAUCAUCACCACAAGCUAAAGUUCAUUGUCGAUUUUUUCUUCAAGGUCGUUGUCAUUGGGGACCUAAUUGUAAAUUUAUUCAUCCAAAUAAUGAUGCAACAAAAAAUUCAAGUGGACCAUCUAUUGAUGUUUUAUCAUCAACAAAUAAUGAAAUUACAUCACCAACACUAACUGGUAUUCCUAUACCACAAACAACAACUACAACUAAUACAUGGAUCUCACCACAAGCAACAUCUGCUACAUCUCAAUUUUUUCCUAAUCCAGUUCUUCGUGGUCCAACUCAACCAUCUGUUAUACCAUUAGUAGUACCACCAACUGGUACAGAAUCAGCAUGGGAACGUGGAUUACGUUCAGCUAAAACACUUCGUGAACAAUCUAUGCGACGUAAACAACAAGAUAAAGAUUUUAAUGAUAAGAAAUUUAAUUUAACUAUACGUGAUGCACUUGAUGAUAAAGAUGGAGAUGAUAAUAUUUUAAAUAUUGAUCGACCAUCUCCAAUGGAUUAUGAUCUGAAUAAUUUAUCUGGUUCAAAUUAUCCUGAUCGAUAUCAUUCAUAUAUGUAUACAGGUUCAUCUGGUAAUUCUCAUUAUAAUAAUAACAAUAAUCAUCAUCAUCGAAAUAAUAAUAAUAAUAAUACUAAUAAUAAUAAUAUUCGAAAUAAUACAAAUAUAUUAUCCACAAAUGAUCAUUCUGAUCGUCGUUUACGUCAUUCAGAUGAUCAUGCCGAUACACGAAAUGAUAAUCGAAAUCGAAAAGAAAAUUUAUCAACAAAACAUAACAAAUUAACAUCAAAAAAAGAUGAUUCAUCAUCAUCUUAUAGACGAAAUUCAUCACAACAACAGUAUAUAUCCGGUUCACAUCAUAAUAAUGAUGCACAAGCACAUUUUAAUCCAUAUAGCAGUCGACGAGGAGAUGAUUGGCAAGAUCCAUGGGAUAGAUCAAGAACUCACGGUGGUGGUAAUCGUCGUUCAUCAGGUGGUGGUCGAGAACCAUCCUAUUCAUCAUCAUCGGCUACAUCAUCUAGUUCAUCUCGAUCAACUCAUUCACGUUCUCAUUCAACUUCAUCAUCAAGUCGAUCAAGGCAAUUACGGUUUAGAUCGAGAUCGAGAAGUAGACCAAAACGUCGUUCACCAUCAGUAACACGUGCAACAAAACCAACACCAACAACAAAAUCAUCCGAAAUGGUUAAAAAUGGUAAUGAAAAAAAAUCAAAUAGUAAUAAAAAAUUAGUAUCAUCAUCAUCACCACCACUACCACCACCACCAACAACAACAACAAAUAAAUUUCUUCCUGGUCGACAAAUAUCAAGUCAUACAUUAAAAAAAGCCGAAAAAAGUAGUAAUAGUAGUACUUCAAUGGUUAAUAAUCAUUCAAAAGAUCAACAUGGAAAAGAUUUGGAUAUAAAUAUUAAAAAACAAAUAAAAAAAGAAAAUCCUAAUCGAUCGGAUAGUACAAGUUCAUCAUCAUCAUCAGAUAGUGAUACUAAUCGAAUAACACAUCGAUCAUCUAGUUCAUCAUCGGAUAGUUCAAGUUCAGAGAAUGAUAUACGAACAUCAACAAAAACAAAAAUAGCUUCUGGUGGAGGUAAAACAACAGUUGGUACUAAUAGUAGUAAUCAUUCAACAAAAAUAAUUAAUCGACAAUUAUCUUCAUCAUCAGGUGGUGGUGGUGGUAAUAAUAAAAAUUCAAAUACAAAAUCCAAAACUGAUUCUAUUAAUCGUGGAUCAUCAAAAACUAAAGAAUCAUCAUUAACAUAUGCUAAAAAACGACGUGAUACAUCAUCAUCGACAGGUUCAACUAGUGCAACAAAAAAGACAAAAUUAAAUAUGGAUUCUCAUAAAGCAUCAACUGAUGCAAGUAAUGCAGAAAAUUCGGAUUCUUGUAAAAAAAAAGAAAAACAAAAAAUUUUAAAAAAAUUACAAGAAGUAGAAAAACUUAUAAAUCAACGAUCGACAAAAACAUCAUCUUGA